AUGGCACCAGCUCUAGUCGAGACUACUCCACACCUCUCCACCGUCCCAUCCAAGGACACCAAACCCACCCUCAAACCACAGGCCCAGGCCCACAGCUACACCCCCGGCCGCACCGCCAUCCAAAAGCACUCCGACACCACAUACGCACACGAGCACCUCCGGCCGCGCUUCCCAGACCUCCACUGGCCGCCCCUGACCGAAGUCCCCUACCACGACAAAGGCCUCCUCGGCGACCCAGCAUUCAAGCACCUGCUCAGCGGCGCAACCGACGUCUUCGACUAUAACCCCAAGAUCGGGACCGAGAUCCACGGCGUCGAUCUCGCCAGCUUGACUGACGCGCAGAAGAACGAUCUCGCGCGGCUGAUUGCUACGCGUGGCGUUGUGUUCUUCAGGAACCAGAGGAGCUUCGAUGUCGAGAAGCAGCGCGAGCUGGGGCGGUAUUUCGGGAGCUUGCAUAGGCAUGCUACGACUGCGGUGCCGAGGCGAGAGGGGUGGGAGGAUGUGCAUGUUGUGUUUACGGGGGAGGAGAGUCCGGAUCUGCGGGCUAUGUUUACGCCUACGUUUUUGUGGCACUCGGAUGUAACCUACGAACUCCAACCCCCCUCCUACACCUCUCUAAAAGUGCUCACCGGCCCCCCGCGCGGCGGCGGCGGCGACACGCUCUGGUCCAGCGGCUACGCCGCAUACGACAUGCUCUCGCCCUCGAUGCAGACCUACCUCUCCUCGCUGACCGCGCUGCACUCAGCACACAUGCAAGCGCAAGGCAGCCGGGACCUCGGGCGUCCGGUACGCCGCGAGCCCGUCGUCACCGCGCAUCCGCUCGUGCGCACGAACCCCGUGACAGGCUGGAAGAGCCUGUUCUUCAACCCGGGCUUCGUGACCAAGAUCGUCGGCGUGCCGAAGACGGAGAGCGACCAUGUCAUCGCUUUGCUCAAUGAGAUCGUGGCGACGAGUCCAGAGAUUCAGGUCAGGUUUCAGUGGGGGGAGGGAGAUGUGGCGUUUUGGGAUAAUCGGGUUUGUAAUCACUCUGCGAGCUAUGGCUUUGCGCCGCAUCGGCGGCAUGCGGUGAGGGUGUGCUCUCAGGCGGAGCGGCCGUAUCUCGAUCCGAACAGCAAGUCGCAAGAGGAGGACCUCGCUGAGCGGUAUGGGAUCCCCAGGGCGAAUAAGGACGGUUCGGGCAUUGUGAAUUACAAUGACUGA